CAAUGCAUGCUGGGAUAUGCUCCCCGCUCCACAGAGGGGCUCAGCCGUUCCCUUAGGCCUGCAAUGCAUGCUGGGAAAGGGCAGCUCCACCCCGCCCUCAACAGCCGUCCCGCCAUCUUGCGCGGCCCGCCAUGCAUGCAGGGAAGCACCAGCCCGCCCGCCCGCCCCCGGGCCGCAAUGCAUGCAGGGAAGCGCCCCUCCCCUGGGCCCGCAAGGCACGCCGGGAUAGCGCCGCGGCGUACUUACCGUCUGGCGGGGCUGCAGCCGCCGGCUCAGCCCGCUGCAUCCCGCCGGCCCGGCACCAUAGCAACCGCCCGCGUCACCCCGGGGGGGGGCACUUCCGCCUCCACCGCGCCGGAGGUGACGUGCGCCGUCACGUGCUCCCGCUGUUAAAGGGGCAGCGCGGGGCGAUGCUGGCGGCACUGCCCCGGGCCCUGGCGCGGCUCGCGGCGGCCGCCGGGCGGCGCUGUCCCCGCGCGGGCGCCGCCGUCACCUGGGCCGCGGGCCGGGGCCGGGGGGCGCGGCGGGGGGCGCCGGGCCUGGGCCUGGGUCUGCUGGCCGCGUUCCCCCUGUUCUCGGAGGACGCCGGCGAGGCGGGCGCAGGGGCCGAGGACGCUGUGAUAAUCCUGCUGAAGGAAGCCAAGCUGCGCGUGGCGGCGGGCGACCUGGAGGAGGCGGAGCGGCUCCUGCACCGCGCGGCGCACCUGGCCCAGCAGUCGGAGCACAGGCAGGCCGUCGUCUACACCUACGCCAUGAUGGCGAAUCUGGCGCUGCUGCAGGGGCAGCUGGACAGCGCGGAGAAACUCUUCAAAGCAGUGAUAAGCCUCUUGCUGGCUGGGGACACUAAGCAGGAUGACAACGCGAUCAUCGAGAUGUCGCUCAAGCUGGCCAGUAUCUACGCUGCUCAGAACCAAGACCAGCAGGCUAUCACAGGCUACAAGUUCUGCAUCCUGACCCUGGAGGAGAAAACAGCCACGCAGAAGGACUUGCCUGAAGACGUCCUCCCUGCAAAGGAAAAAGCCAACACCCGCCUCCUGCUUGGAUUAUGCCUGGACUCCUACGGCCGCUACCUCCUCACCCGCAACCAGCCAGCUGUGGCCCAAAUAAUGUAUGAGAAAGCCCUGCAGAUCUCCAGGGACAUCCAGGGAGAGACCCAUCCACAGACGCUGAUCCUGAUGAGCGACUUGGCGACCGCGCUGGAUGUGCAGGGACGCUAUGACGAAGCAUACACGUACGUGAAAAGGGCAGCGGAGUUGGCGAAGCAGACGAAGCAUCCCGAGGAGCACGUGGUGCUGAACAACCUGGCUGGAAUUCUGAUGCAUAAAGAAGACUUUGUGCAAGCAGAACGUGUAUAUGAAGCAGCUCUGAAGCAGGCACGACAGAAGGGAGAUGAUGCGUCUGUCCAGCACAUCCAGAAGGAGCUGGCCAACCUGGCCACGCGGAGAAAGGCACAAACCCCAUAGGUGGCAAUGUACAGAGUGUGCCCCACGUUUCUGCAGUGUGAAUGUUCACUGAAGAGCCCUGACAGUUGCAAGGAACUGAAAGCCCAUGCAUUUCCUAUCACACUUACUGGAGGGUGAAGCGUCUUACAGGUGCCCAAUGCAUGUGUCCAACUCUGCUUCCAUGUCAAAGUACUGUACUUUAAUGCUUGCCAUGGCAUAAGACUGGAGGGAGCUCUGUGAGGCUGCUUCUGUCACUGCUGUACAAACUUGUGCCUACUGUUCUCAGCUUGGCUAGAGGCUGUAAAUGAGAGGGAGAGACAGGCAAAGCAAGUGGAGAGCUGAUCCCCUUUAUUGAUUGGUCUGAAUCCAGAAGUCACUGUCUAGUGAAGACAUUGUGUGAAAAAAGUAUUAAAUUUUAUCAUGACGCA